AUGGUGAGCGUUUCAAAAGGUGAUCAUGUUUGGAUCGAUCAGCGUACGGGCACUGAAUUCAAUGUCGAAAUUGGUGCUCGUGUGGUCGCUACACAAGCCGGACAAAUUGUUUUAAUUGAUGAUAAUGAACAAGAACUCCAUUUUCCUGCCCAAACUAAAUUUCGUUCAAUGCAUAUCAGUUCUAUUGAAGGUGUAGAUGAUAUGAUAUUAUUAGGUGAUCUUAAAGAAUCUGCUAUACUCCAUAAUCUUCAUAUACGAUAUAAAGAAGAUAUUAUUUAUACUUAUACUGGAUCAAUUUUAGUUGCUGUUAAUCCAUAUAAAUCAUUAGAUAUUUAUAAUAUUAAAUAUAUGCGUCAAUAUUCAAAUAAAAAAAUUGGUGAAUUACAACCACAUAUAUUUGCUACUGGUGAUAAUGCAUAUUGGAGUAUGCAACGUUAUCAACAUGAUCAAUGUAUUAUUAUAAGUGGUGAAAGUGGUAGUGGAAAAACUGAAUCAACAAAAUUAAUUCUACAAUUUUUGGCAGCAACAAGUGGACAACAUUCAUGGAUUGAACAACAAAUACUUGAUGCUAAUCCAAUUCUUGAAGCAUUUGGAAAUGCAAAAACUGUUCGAAAUGAUAAUUCAUCACGUUUUGGAAAAUAUAUUGAUAUACAUUUCGAUAAACGAGGAGCUAUUGAAGGAGCAAAAAUCGAACAAUAUUUAUUAGAAAAAUCUCGUAUUGUUUCUCAAGCUCGAGAUGAACGAAAUUAUCAUGUUUUUUAUUGUAUGUUAGCUGGAAUGUCUAAAGAAGAAAAGCAAGCAUUAGAUUUAACUACUGCUAGUGAUUAUGUUUAUCUUAAUCAGCUUGAUGGAACAAUUUAUUGUGAUAGUAGAGAUGAUGCAAAAGAAUGGGCAACAAUAAAAAGUGCUUGCAAAGUGUUAAUGUUUAGUGAUGAAGAAUUAAAUGAUAUACUUAGAUUAUUAUCAGCUGUUUUAAAUUUAGGAAAUUUAAAAUUUCAAGCAACUACAACUCAAAAUAUGGAUACUUGUAUAGUAGCGAAUCGAAAUGUUCUUCGUCUUGUAUCAAAACUACUUAAACUUGAUGAAAAUGGUCUUUGUGAUGGUUUCUUAAAACGUACAAUUUUUGCUCAUGGUGAAGCAGUAGUUACACCUCUUAAUCAAGAACAAGCAUGUGAUGUUCGAGAUGCAUUUGUUAAAGGAAUAUAUGGAAAAAUGUUUAUAUGGAUUGUUGAAAAAAUAAAUUCAGCAAUAUAUAAACCUCAAGAUCGAGUAGCAUAUCGUAAAAGUCUUGGAAUAUUGGAUAUAUUUGGUUUUGAAAAUUUUCAACGAAAUAGUUUUGAACAAUUAUGUAUUAAUUAUGCUAAUGAAAAUUUACAACAAUUUUUUGUUCAUCAUAUAUUUAAACUUGAACAAGAAGAAUAUGAUAAUGAACAUAUUAAUUGGAAACAUAUUGCAUUUGAAGAUAAUCAACGUAUACUUGAUUUAAUAGCAAGCAAAUCUCUGAAUAUUAUUGCUUUAAUUGAUGAAGAAAGUCGUUUUCCUAAAGGUACUGAUCGUUCACUAUGUGAUAAACUUCAUGCACAUCAUUCCAAAAAUGAAAAUUUUAUUCCAAGAAAAACUGAUAAUAAUAUUAAUUUUGGUAUUCGACAUUUUGCUGGCAAUGUUUUUUAUGAUUGUCAAAAUUUUCUUGAAAAAAAUCGUGAUACAUUUAGUCAAGAUCUUAUGAAAUUAUUACAAGAAAGUCAAAGUAAAUUUUUACGAAAUUUAUUUUUAAAUGAAUUUCAUAUUGGAACUGAAACAAGAAAACGUGCACCAACACUUGGCACACAAUUCAAGAAAUCACUUGAUUCACUUAUGUCGAUUUUGUCUGCAUGUCAACCAUUUUUCGUUCGUUGUAUUAAACCAAAUGAAUACAAAGCAGCCGAUAAUUUUGAUCGAGCAUUAGUCUGUCGACAAUUACGUUAUUCCGGUAUGAUGGAAACAAUAAGUAUUCGACGAAAAGGUUAUCCAAUACGGCAUUUAUUUCGAGAUUUUGUUGAUCGAUAUCGAUUAUUGGCACCAGGCAUUGGACCAUCACAUGUUGAAGCAGAUUGUCGAGCAGCAGCUGAUAAAAUUUGUAAAAAUGUUUUAGUUAAUCAAGAUUAUCAAAUUGGUAGAACAAAAGUUUUUCUUAAGGAUGCACAAGAUGUUUUUCUUGAACAAGCUCGUGAACAAGUAAUGGCUCGAAAAAUUCUUAUAUUACAAAAUUCUAUUCGUACAUGGAUUGCUCGUCGACAAUUUGUUACUUUACGUCAAAGUGUUCUUCUUAUUCAACGUUAUUGUAAAAGUUAUCGAGAUGCAAGACGUUUACAAAUUAUUACGAAUGGUUUUACACGUUUACAAACACAAUUUCAUACACGUAUGUUAACAUUACGUUAUUCUGUUUUACGUUCACGUAUACUUAAUCUUCAACGAUUUUGUCGCGGUUAUCUUGCUCGUCAAAAUUAUAGUCGUAAAUUAAAUGCGAUUCUUAUUUUACAAUCUGAAGUUCGACGUCAUAUUGCUCAAAAACAUAUGCGUCGAUAUCGUCUUCAAGAAAAAAUGUAUCGUGAAGCUGAACAAGAACGAUAUGAAGAAGAAAAACGUUUAAUACCAAAAUUAGGUGCUAAACGUGCUAAAGAAGAAGCUGAAAGAAAAUAUCAAGAACGUUUAAAAAUUCUUCAACGUGAAAUGUCUGAACAAGAACGUCUUGAACAACAACGUCGUGAAAGAGAACGUGCAGAAGCAAAACGUUUAUCAAUGGAACGAAAAAAUGUAGAUGAAAGUGAUGUAUUUAAUAAUAUAUUUCCAUCAAGUGGCGAUGAACGAACAACACCUAUACAUCGUCCGACAACAGUUACAACAGGUGGAAUGCAAUCAACAUUAGGAAAUAUGCCACAAUCAAAAGAUAACAUUGAACGAAUUGAUAAACCAUUACCAUUACCUUAUCAAGAUGAAGAUUUAAAAGAAUAUACAUUUGCAAAAUUUGCUUCGACAUAUUUUCAAGGAAAUGCUACAUCAUAUUUUACAAAAAAAACAUUGAAACAACCAUUGUUAGCAAUUAAAUCUGAACGAGAUCAGUUGGUAAAUUU